GUACUGGCAGAAACAAAAAGUCAUCUUCGAAGCGGCGUUUAGCAUUUUCCGAAUUUUAUUCACGUUAAAUCGUUAUUAAACAUUAACGCAAAGUAAGAAUGUCUAUUCUGGCAUAUAAUGGUGGUUGCGUUGUUGCCAUGCGUGGCAAGGACUGUGUGGCCAUUGCAACGGAUCAUCGCUUUGGUGUGCAGGCACAGACCAUUUCCACAGACUUCAAGAAGGUGUUUCACAUUGCCCCUCGCAUGUUCCUGGGACUAACUGGACUGCAGACGGAUAUAUUGACGGUACGCGAUCGUUUAAUGUUCCGCAAAAAUAUAUAUGAAACAAAAGAGAAUCGUGAAAUGGCGCCCAAACCGUUCUCUGCCAUGUUGUCCAGUUUCCUGUACGAGCAUCGCUUUGGACCGUACUUCAUUGAGCCUGUGGUUGCGGGUCUGGAUCCCAAGACCAUGAAACCGUUCAUCUGUAAUAUGGAUCUCAUUGGUUGCCCCAAUGAGCCCGAUGACUUUGUGGUUGCGGGCACCUGUGCUGAGCAAUUAUACGGCAUGUGCGAGACACUAUGGCGCCCUGAUCUGGAGCCGGAUCAGCUGUUUGAGGUGAUUGCCCAGUCUAUGGUGAAUGCUUUUGACCGUGACGCAAUGAGUGGUUGGGGUGCCACCGUCUACAUUAUUGAAGCGGACAAGAUUACAGAGCGAUCGUUGAAGACUCGCAUGGAUUAGGUACAUUUUGUAAAAAAUAUUCAACAAAUCGUAACAAGAAAGAAACAAAUAAAAUUUGUAAGGUCCCAAA